AUCAGCCAGAGUGGGAAUAUGGCGCUGACCUGUGCCAGGGCGGCGUUACGUCCUUCUAUAGGAUCACUACGCCGCGCGCUUCGGCCAUCGUACCCUCCCCAGCCUGCAGCUCCUUACUGCACUGCAAUUGUGUCUGCCAAAUUGGAGGUUAAUGGCGUUAACCUUCAUUUCCAGCGCACAGGACGGGGCGAUCAUGCAGUUUUGCUGCUUCCUGGGGCUUUAGGAAGCAGUAAAACCGACUUUGGCCCCCAACUCACUUCUUUUAAUAAGGAGGUUUUCACUCUCAUUGGUUGGGAUCCUCGUGGAUAUGGGUGCUCCAUCCCACCUACCCGUGACUACCCACCAGACUUUUUUGAGAGGGAUGCAAAGGAUGCUGUAGAUUUGAUGCAGGCCCUCAAAUUCAAGAGGUUUUCUUUGUUGGGCUGGAGUGAUGGUGGCAUAACAGCACUAAUUGCAGCAGCCAGAUACCCAUCACUAAUCCAGAAACUUGUUGUCUGGGGAGCCAACGCCUAUGUGACGGAAGAGGACCUCCAGCUUUAUAAUGCUGUUAAAGAUGUGUCAAACUGGAGUGAGGCGAUGAGAAAACCAAUGGAGGAUCUGUAUGGAAAGGAGUAUUUUGCCAAGACAUUCAAAGCGUGGGUUGACGCAAUGAGUAAUAUCACCAGCAAACCUGAUGGUAAUAUUUGUCGUCAUUUGCUGCCCUUCAUUGAGUGUCCAACACUUAUCAUACAUGGAGAGAAAGAUGUGAUGGUCCCAUCUUUUCACCCUCGUUUUAUCCACCAGCAAAUUAAAGACUCCAGGUUGCACCUGAUGCCAAAUGGCAAGCACAAUCUUCAUCUACGAUAUCCAGAUGAAUUCAAGAACCUAGUGGAAGACUUUCUGUGUUGAACCCAACAUUUUGGACCAUGUGUUACAAAAAAAAAAAAAUCCCCAAAAAUCAAUGUGAGCAAAUAAAGUAUCUUGCUCCUAUUCCCCAUUGGUAUUUCUUAGUGAUGUAAUUAUAUUUUUUAAUGCACUUUUUUAAUUGGGGAAAAAUAAACUGAUGUGAACUGUGGGGAAAAGAAUUUGGCAUAGCAAAUGUUAAUUUGCUUUUAAAAAAUCUGUGCGUUGUUCUAAGUGCAAAGAAAUGUUAAAGAACAAAAAAAAAAAAAAACAUUACAUGUAAUAAACUGUGAACCAGAGGAUGGAAUUACACUGACUCUCCCUUCCCCCUUGUCCCUUUUGUCAUGCAAUAAAAUGAUUUAUAUGUCUGAUAGAUGCAUACUCCCUGCUAUGCCUGGAUUGUUCAUUUUAAUUCAGCUCUCCUAUAUGAAUGUUCAAGACCUACUAUUAAAAUAUGCAUUUUUUUUUUCUC